AUGAUCAUGAGUCAAGAUAAAUCUCAAAACUCGCUUCAUAAAGUUUCUCCAUUUAAGUCUUGGAAACUUACUCUGAUUAAAUUCCUCAUCUUAUUUUGUGUCUUCUUUGGAUUGAUCAGCUGCUAUCAUUUUUACAGAGAAGCUCAAAGAGAAGCGGGACAUACUGGCGCUAUUAACGUUGUAGACAAAAGUGUUGAACAUCCUAAUUAUAAUCUCCCAAAAUACACUGACACUGUUAGCACUGCUGAGGAAGACGGUGGAGUGUCUAUUUUCGUGCUUGGGAAGCGUAAUCAUUGGAACUGGAUUGGAAAUGCAGCAGUUGCUGGAUUCUUGAUAUCUGCAGGAGCUCUAACAGGUGGUUGGGCAGUGGCUUCAUGUAUGACUAUUGCAGGCCCUGCAUGCUGGGUCGGUAUUGCUGUAGCUAUGGUUGCUGGUACUGUUGGCACUAUCUUUGCAACGGCUGCGGGAAGACCUGGAAACGGUUGGACUUCAUCGAACGCAAAACGUGAAGAGUCCAGUUCAUUCAGCUUUGGAGAUUCUACAUAUCUUAAGGUUGAAGACGGUAGAGCUGAUCGUGUGAAUUCUACCAUUACUGAUGCGGGUUUGACCUUCAAAGGACUUUGGGAGGUGUAUGAUACCGUUUCGUUGAAGAAGCGUAGCAACAAUGUUACUGACACAGUUCAUAUGCUACAGUUUGAUAGUCCUUUGGGGUCUCAUGCUGCUGUACAUUUGAAUACUGGUCUGGACUCAAUGGUCAAUGAUAUCACCGAGGAUGAAAAUCCCGGCUCUUUGGAAUCAACUUUACGUUACACUGAUCAAAAGGUUCUGCACAAGAGAUACAAUUAUUUCGACGCUCAAUGGAUCUCUUGGGCCUGGGAUAAUGCAAACAACGAUUUAUUACGAAUUGCUGCCAACGAUAGAGGAUUAGAAGAAGAAGAAUAUGAUUCCUCCGUUUACAACUAUUUCCGUGAUUCGCCUGCGUGGAAGUACUGCUGGACGGUCACUGAUAAUCCUCACCCGGGUGAAGGAGAAGACUAUAACCAGUUAGGCGCCGAAAAUGCUAUACAUGGGGAAUUGUAUUUUAACACUUAUGGCGGCGUCGAUGGAUAUUGUAAUGACAACAAGGAUGGUGCUCAAUGUUCCGGUAAUGCUUGUGAGGAAUGA